GCACAGGCUGAUCUCGAUCUAUGUCCCUCAGACAUCUUUCUAUGUUGUAAUACACAGAGCAGAGGACGCGUUGGCGGUGGCACAGCAACCCAUCAUGCGCACCGUCUUCUGAAAACGUUCAGCGGCGCAGGGAUGGCUUAGUCGCGUGCGGAGCGCCGAUGCUGCACGAUGAGUGUAGCGCUGCAAGAUUUACGAAAUAACAUGUCUAACUACAAGCGUGCAACGUUUGAGGAGGAGGACGGGACAGACGUCCCGGCAGAUGGAGCCAUCUCUCCUGACAGUGUGGAGGUGGGUUUCCGUAAGGGUGGUAUUCAGUUGUUUGGUCCACUGGGCAGGAGAACUCAACUGGAAGUAGUGUUGGCCGGUCUGCUUCUCGCUUCACUUCUAGCUCUGUUUGGCUGUGCGAUUACACUGGGAGUCCGCUAUAACAGAGAUCCCGCCCGUAGUAUCUGUCUAACAGAGGCAUGUGUAACCGUGGCCAGUAAGAUCGUGGAAGCUCUGGACCGCUCUGCCGACCCAUGUCAGGAUUUUUACCAGUACGCCUGUGGAGGAUGGGUCCGCAAAAACCCCCUGCCAGAUGGCCGGUCCCGCUGGAGCACAUUUAACAGCAUCUGGGACCAGAACCAGGCUGUGCUCAAACACCUGCUGGAAAAUGGCACCUUUAACUCAAGCAGUGAAGCAGAGAGAAAGACACAGUCCUACUAUCUUUCCUGUCUUAAUGAACAGCGAAUCGAAGAGCUUGGAGCCCAACCACUCAUCGACUUGAUUGCAAAGAUAGGGGGCUGGAACAUCACAGAGUCCUGGGACAAAGACAACUUUCUGGACGUUUUAAAGAUAGUUUCUGGACCCUACAGAGCUCAGCCCUUCUUCACUGUCGGUGUCAGCGUCGAUCCCAAAAACUCCAACAGUAAUGUCAUUCAGGUUGACCAAUCAGGACUCUUCCUCCCAUCCCGAGAUUAUUACCUCAAUAAGACCAAUGAGAAGGUGUUGAAGGCUUACCUGGAUUACAUGGUCGAGUUGGGAUUGUUGUUAGGAGGAGACAAGAAUUCCACCCGAGUUCAGAUGCAGCAGAUUUUGGACUUCGAGACGGCUCUGGCUAACAUCACAGUGCCUCAGGACGAGCGGCGGGACGAGGAGAAGCUCUACCAUAAGAUAACCAUAGCUGAUCUGCAGGUGCUGGCUCCAGCAGUUGAAUGGCUGGAUUAUCUGAACUUCGUCCUGCCCCCGCUGGAGCUGAAUGACACUGAGCCUGUGGUGGUCUACGCUAAAGAAUACCUGCAACAGGUUUCAGAUCUCAUCAACAAGACCGACCACAGUCUUUUGAAUAAUUACAUGAUCUGGAAUCUGGUGCAGAAAGGAGCGUCCAGUCUGGACCAGCGCUUUGAGAACGCUCAGGAUAAGCUGCUGGAGAGCCUCUACGGCACUAAGAAGUCCUGCACUCCACGCUGGCAGACCUGCAUUGGGAACACAGAUGACACUCUUGGUUUUGCAUUGGGUGCUCUUUUCGUCAAAUCCACUUUCGACAAACAGAGCAAAGAAAUAGCGGAGGGGAUGAUCAAUGAAAUCCGCACAGCUUUCAAAGAAGCGCUGGAUGAUUUGAACUGGAUGGAUGAACAGACCCGACAAGCUGCCAAGGACAAGGCGGAUGCCAUCUACGACAUGAUCGGAUUUCCAGACUUCAUUCUGGACUCCAAAGAGCUUGAUGAUGUGUAUGAAGGGUAUGAGGUUACAGAAGACAACUUCUUCCAGAAUAUGAUCAACUUCUACAACUUCUCCGCACGAGUGAUGGCAGACCAGCUGCGCAAGCCGCCCAACAGAGACCAAUGGAGCAUGACUCCACCCACGGUGAACGCAUACUACAUGCCCACCAAGAACGGGAUCGUCUUCCCCGCCGGCAUCUUACAGGCCCCCUUCUACGCCCAGCAUCACCCCAAAGCUUUAAACUUUGGUGGCAUUGGAGUGGUGAUGGGACAUGAGUUAACUCAUGCCUUUGAUGACCAAGGCAGAGAGUAUGACAAAGAUGGAAACCUUCGGCCAUGGUGGCAGAACUCCUCGGUGGACGCGUUUAAGAACCGCACCGAGUGCAUGAUCGAUCAGUACACUCAGUACACCAUCAACGGAGAGCACAUCAACGGCAAACAGACGCUGGGAGAAAACAUCGCAGACAACGGCGGCCUGAAAGCUGCCUAUCACGCGUAUCGCUCAUGGGUGAAGAAGAACGGUGAAGAGAAGAGACUCCCAGCUGUCAAUCUGACAAACGACCAGCUCUUCUUCGUAGGUUUUGCACAGGUGUGGUGUUCAGUCCGAACGCCAGAAAGCGCUCACGAGGGCCUGAUGACGGACCCUCACAGCCCACCCAAAUACCGCGUAAUCGGCACUCUGUCCAACUCGCCCGACUUCACCGAGCACUUCCAGUGUCCGCUGGGCUCCCCCAUGAACUCAGGCCACCGCUGUGAGGUGUGGUGAACCGUCGCCCGCCAGACACCAGCGCGCUUGCACAGACCAGCCCGGCCAAAAACCGCUCCACGGACAGCUCUGGCUCUUUGUCAAGCGCUGUUUUUUAUUUAUGUGCUCCGAGUUAUUUGAGGAGUCAGGCUGAAAGCAGGAGGAUGAAGCGAGCGCCUGCCAACAUUGAUGUUCGA